AUGCCUCCAUCAUGUUCCGCAGGUGCCCUGCCUGCCGUGGCAGAGUUACCCAUGACAAGUGUCCGAACAGCAGAGGCCAAAGCAGCAACUGUCUGUGGAAAGGCACCUGCGCAUGGCAGAGGAACUUGUCUCCAGGGUGAUGCUCAGGAUCAUGCAGUUAAGGAGGCUCCUGCUGGCAGGGCAGGUGAUGCUCCAAGCAGCUUCCGCAGCGCCGCGGAGAUUUUCCCAGAGGUUGCCAAAAAGGCUCAGCCGUCGCAGCCUUGCGUGCCGACAGCCCAGCAACAUUUUGAUGACGUCAGCCAGUCAAUCCUGAAACGAGAUGCAAAGUGCCGUCCUUCCAAGCGCUUGCAUCCAGAUGGUAACGAUAAAGACCACCGUGAGUGGAGUGACGCAUGGCUGCGAAUCGCUGACGCUGACCAGCUUGAGAGACUCGUCCCAGCUCUAGAGGCAACAAUCCAUCGUGCAGAUGCAGCUGAUGCCAUUAAAAAAGAAGACAUUGCUGGAUUGAAUUUUGUUAAAACGCAAAUCGAAGAGGUUUUGAUUCUUCCGCGUCUUCACCCGGAGCUUUUCCUAUCAGCGCUCACAAAACCUGCACGUGGCCUCCUGCUUUUCGGCCCACCCGGAACAGGAAAGACAUUGCUGGCCAAGUGGAUAGCUGCAGAAUGUGGAGCAACGUUCUUCAAUGUUAAUGCAUCUACGGUGAUGUCUAAAUGGAUCGGGGAGGCAGAGAAAACCGUGAAAGCUCUGUUUCAGCUGGCUGCAGAAAAACAGCCCUCUGUCAUCUUCUUGGAUGAAAUUGAUUCCUUGCUAAGCCAACGCCGUGAUGCAGACAACGAGGCUUCUCGACGUGUCAAGAACGAAUUCCUGACCUCCUUGGAGGGGGCUGACACAGAUUCGGAGGAGCGAAUUCUUUUGGUCGGCGCUACAAACAUGCCCUGGGAUCUCGAUCAUGCUGUUCUGCGCAGGCUGCCCAAGCGCUUAUAUGUUCCCUUGCCUGGCAAGGGAGCACGCCGGUCCCUCUUGUUGACCCAGCUGGCCAAGCACAACUCCAGACUUGGAUUGCCUGGAAACCUAAGCGCUUCUGACAUUGACAGCAUCGUGGAACGCACUGAAGGUUUUUCGUGCUCAGACCUGCAGCAGCUGCUGUGUGAGGCCGCAAUGUGCCCAGUGCGAGAGAUAGCUGCUGCACGCAUUCGACAGAAGGCUGGAGUUUCCCAGGCACAGCAGGCGCAACGGGACAUCGCGAAGCAUGACUUUGAAUGUGCUCUGCGAAGGGUGAAGCCGACACACACUGAGGAGCAGGGACUCAGACAUCAGGCAUUCAAUAACGAGCAUGGCACAUGUCGCGGGGAGGAUGCCAUGCAGGACCUGGAGUCCGAUGCCGACUGA